AUGUACCUCCUUAGGACCAGGUGGGACAUCAAGUACAUCAUGGCUGACCCGCCACCAAGAAUUCACAUUGCGUCAGAGGAGAACAUCGGCCAUAUUAAUGCCCUGGUGGUGGGAUCUUCAGUCACGCCGUAUGAGGGCGGGCUUCUGCGAUUCCACAUCGCGUGUCCGAACGAAUAUCCGAUCGAAUCGCCCAGAGUUCAUUUCCUGACCACAGACGCUGGCCUUGUGCAGCUAAACUCGAACCUAUACCCGAACGGCGAGUCACUGCUCACCUACGACCCUUUCUACGAGCCUUACGUCACCAAAGAAAUGCACCAGGAAGCUGUGAACAAAUACGAAGUCUUCGUGCACCAUGAUGUUGUGAGAGUAGCAGUGUGCAACGCGGUGGAAAGCUGCCUCGAGGACAACUCUUCGCAUCCGGCAGUGCUUCGGGAGAAAGUGCUGGAGUUGUUCCUGGAGUUCUACGACAGGUGA